CUCAGUUAAAACCCUAAAAAUUUGUCCAUCCAUUUCUAUAUAAGUUCACCUAAAACCCCCAAUCGCUGCCAUCUCCAUUAUCAAGCGUCUGCAAGCUCCAACUCUCAUCAUCUCUCCCAAAGGUAUGUUAACAUAAUGUCAAACCCCAAAGUUUUCUUUGAUAUUUUGAUUGGAAAAGCAAAAGCUGGUCGAAUUGUUAUGGAGCUAUUUGCUGAUGUUGUACCUAAAACUGCUGAAAAUUUCCGUGCCCUCUGUACUGGGGAGAAAGGUAUUGGAAUGUCUGGGAAGCCGUUGCACUAUAAAGGCUCGGCAUUUCAUCGGAUCAUCCCGAGCUUCAUGUGUCAAGGUGGAGAUUUCACAAGGGGGAAUGGCACUGGUGGGGAGUCUAUCUAUGGCAUGAAAUUUGCAGAUGAGAACUUCAAGCUUAAACACACUGGACCUGGUUGUUUGUCAAUGGCAAAUGCUGGUGCAAACACAAAUGGUUCUCAGUUCUUUAUAUGCAAUGAGAAGACCCCGUGGCUGGACGGGAAACACGUCGUCUUUGGUAAAGUAGUGGAUGGUUAUAGUAUUGUCAAGGAAAUGGAAAAAAUAGGCUCAGAUAGUGGGAGGACUUCACAACCUGUUGUGAUCGAAGACUGUGGUCAGCUAAAAGAGAAUUAGGCAGAAGCCUGUACUUUGUUUUUUUUUUCACUCAAGUACUGCUCUAGAAUGAUUACAUAAAUAGUUAAUGGAUAACACAAUUUGUAAUUUGUUUAA